CCCACACCUGAUAACACCACAGCCCCCAUCUUUUUCCCAAACUGCACGCCCCUCUCCUCCUCCUUCCUCCCCCGUCAAAGCGAGAGCUCCGUAUCGCCGGCCUUUCCCUUCCCCGUCCGAUCCAAUCCCAAAGAUACCUUUUGUCCUCUUCACUCGCGCCGCCCUUUUGCGACCAUGGCGGCGGAGGGGGAGGACAAGAAGGAUACCAAUCCUGUAGGAGGCGUAGGCGGCGGCGGCGGGAACACCCUGGAGGCGGCGGAGGAGGCGAUGCUGCAGGCGGGAGGGCAAGUAACCGGCCAAGAAUUGGAGGGCGAGGCGGAGGAGAGCGCAGAUCGAGAGGGAAACGGCGGCGACGCGGGGAAGGAAGAUAGCGGGUGUAAAGAUCUGGUCAUAGUAGAGGAGGACUCUGUUCUGGUCGAGGAUCCAGAGGAAGCCGCAGCAACAGCAGCACUUCAGGAAGAAAUGAGACUGCUUGUCGCAUCUGUUCCUGAAGGUGCUGGGGCGUCGUUUACUGCGAUGCAGUUGCAGGAGCUAGAGCAGCAGUCUCGGGUCUACCAAUAUAUGGCUGCCCGUGUGCCAGUGCCUACCCAUCUCGUCUUCCCCAUCUGGAAGAGCGUUACUGGUGCAUCCUCUGAAGGCGCUCAGAAUUACCCUACUUUGAUGGGGUUGGCAACACUUUGCUUGGACUUUGGAAAGACCCCAGAACCAGAACCAGGGAGGUGCCGGCGAACCGAUGGAAAAAAGUGGCGGUGCUGGAGAAAAACUAUUCCAAAUGAGAAAUACUGUGAACGUCAUAUGCACCGUGGUCGCAAGCGUCCCGUGCAGCUUGUUGUCGAGGAUGAUGAGCCUGAUUCAGGGUCAAAAACCGCGUCCGGCAAGAUAGCGGAAGGUGGCAAGAAGACUGACGACAAGGGAUCGAGUAGCAAGAAGCUUGCGGUGACAGCACCAGCUGCUGUGGAGUCUGCAUGAUUGGUGCAGCAUUUAGAAGGUGCAAGAAGAGUGUAACUGUCCUGGCAACUAGAGUUAAGACUGUAGUCUUGUCUAGCUAUAACCUCAUGAAGCAAGCAAAAUGCCUGUGGGAAGAAGCCACAAAAACCCCUGUUUAGCUGUCACUGAAAAAUUCAGUUUAGGUGUAUAGUUUGAAUUAGCUUUGUCGUGCCUUCAGCCUUCGGGCAGGCGAUGCGGCAUGAUUGGAUAAAUUCCCCCUUACUGAUAAGUUGCAUUGUGACUCAGAGAAACCAAUGGAAGAAUUUGUUAAGACUA